AUGAAACAACAUCGAUCAGACACCAUGAAGCUUUUCAAGUUGAAGCAAACUAGUUUAGCUGGUAUUGAGCAAUCACUCACUCGGCAUAUUAUCAAUGAGUUGCGGCUACAUGACCUCGAUAUUAAACAUGACACUCUUGGUCAAGCUCUCUUUGAAUAUUUAGCGUCAACAGAGUUACAAAAUUAA